AUGCCAUUGACAAUUUUCGACUUGCCAGUGGAGAUGAUAAAUAAAAUAGUUGAAGAAUUAGAUACAUUUAGCAGAUUCAACCUCCAAAAAGUGUCCAAAGCCUUCCGUAUCAUCAUCGAUCGCCUGAAACCUUCUUUCAAGACGCUCGACUUCUAUAUCAACACGGAUACUUCGAUAAAUCUGAUAUCUGACAAAUUUUCAGUGGUUACUUACAGAAAAGAAGAAAAUUCAUGUUCAGUGGUCUAUGAAAAUCACAAAAAAUCGAUAAUUGGAGUAGAUCACGUCGAAAUUGCCCUUGGCGACUUGGCGAGAGCGCUGAAAAAUCCGAAAUUGCAACUGGAACGACUUGGAUUAUUUUCUGAUACUGAAUAUUCUAACUUUCUCAAAAAUUGCUUGAAUUCUCAACUUCACAUCAAAAAACUCGUCUUAAAAACCCAUAAAAUCGAUGAAAUCCCACGAAUUCUUACUAUUUUUCAACAUGGAACACUGGAAUACAUCGAAUUUCGAAAUGAGCCAAAAACCCGAAAGAAUCUACUGAAAAUUGAAUGGGGAGUCAAGAUUCGGGUGUCGAAUGGAAAUCGAUUUAAAGUUUAUAAAAAUGAGUUUGACGUUGAAGAUAUUGUUCGGUUGAGAGAUAUUUUCCUGACCACCGCCCACUUGAAAUCAUGCCUCCUCACUGCUCGUCAAUUCAACUUCACUUUACCUCAAAUCGAGAGAAUUUUGAGAAGCGAUAAAUGUUUAAUCUUCACAAUUAACUGCACCCAAUUAAUUAUUGAAAAAGUUUAA